CGCACAGGUGAAAGUGAUAACAUGACAAAACAGUGCUUGCUGAUUAAUAUAAUUGAAGUAAAAAAUCUUCAGGUUAUUCAAGAGGAAGGUGUCUCUUUAUACACGGAGUGAGCAUUAAUUACAAUAGAUGAUCUUUGCAAACCUUCAGCAGCCAUACAGACAGCAGCUGUUGACAUAUGGAGGGAUUCCACGGCUGCAGCGGUGGUACCCUGCAGUCACCGUCGCAUUAAAGAUGUCCGACUCAAAAAAUCCGUAUAUUUAACCAACUGCGGCCUUCAAACAGGAGGCGCCAGAACGGGAGGAGAUAAAAGACUCUAUCGCUUUAUUAUCUGUGGUCAGUCAGCAGUUAGCGGCGUUGUGACAGCUCACCAUCACUCCCAGCGACACACACUCUCUCUCUCUCGGUGCUAGAGUGACAGCUAUGUCUACGUCCGUCACGCGUGACACCGAUAUUAAAAAGAAGCACGUCCGUUUCGCCAGCAUGGAGGAGGACGACAACGACGACCAGGAGGAGGACACCCUGUUUGACAAGAGAAAGGACACCGGGCGAGAAAUGAAGAGCGCACUAAAGGGGGCGAAGAGGAAGACCACACAAAACAGCGACGACCGGGUGGAGGUGGUUGGCGGAGGAAGGGGCGGCCAAGGAGCAGCCGGCCGCUGGAUGGUUACGCUCGCGCUCUGUGCAUCUUGCCUGGGCUUGGGGAUGUGUAUCUCAGUUCUCGGCCCCACACUGGAAGACUUGGCUGCAAAUGUGAACCAGGACAUCGGCAACAUCUCCUACAUCUUUGUUGGCCGCUCUGCAGGCUACGCCGGCGGAUCCCUGUUAGGAGGCAUUCUCUUUGACUGCAUGAACCCCCAUCUCCUGCUAGGUUUGUCCAUGCUGCUCACGGCAUCCGGGAUGUGUGCCAUUCCUUACUGUAAGCAGGCUUUGCUCCUCACUGUGUUCAUGUCCAGCAUUGGGAUAUCUAUGGGUGUUAUAGAUACAGGUGGUAACGUGCUCAUACUGAACACGUGGGGUGAGCAGUCGGGCCCUCACAUGCAAGCGAUGCACUUCAGUUUUGCCGCUGGGGCCUUUGUGUCUCCUAUCAUAGCCAAGCUGGUGUUUGGGACUGACUGGACUGGCACUGGGGCCAUAGCACCAACCAAGAGUACGCCUUCCACAGAGCCCCAGGUGACCAAAACCGUCAACACUCAGGGAGUCUCGCACAGCACCCUCAACUCCACCUGGGCCUACAUCGUGAUCGGUGCUUUUGUCUUUCUCAUGUCCUUCCUCUUCUUCAUCCUUUAUUCUCGCUGCAGCGUGUCACGUGCGAAAACCCACUCGGCCUCAGGAAAGCCCCUGGUGGCCAAAUAUCAUGUGGCUCUUACAGCUCUCCUUUUCCUCUUCUUCUUUGCCUACGUCGGUGCUGAAGUAGCAUAUGGCUCCUUCAUCUUUACCUUUGCUAAGGAGUACAUCGGCAUGGAUCCGGCGAAGGCAGCUGGGCUAAACUCCCUGUUCUGGGGGUCGUUUGCAGCGUGCCGUGGGUUAGCCAUCUUCUUUGCAGCCUGCAUGUACCCGGGAACCAUGAUCCUGCUCAGCCUGGUGGGUACCACUAUCUCCUCUCUUCUGCUCUGCUUCUUCAACAAGAAAGUGGCGCUCCUGUGGGUGUGCACUGCCAUCUAUGGGGCGUCCAUGGCUACCAUCUUCCCAAGCGGCAUCUCGUGGGUGGAGCAGUACACCACAGUAACGGGGCACACAGCGUCAGUUUUCGUGGUGGGUGCAGCGCUGGGUGAGAUGGUGCUGCCAGCACUCGUAGGCUUCCUGUUCGAGAGGUUUCCAGAGCACCCGCUGCUUAUGUACCUGUCACUCGUCACCGCCACCUUCACCUCCAUCAUCUUUCCAGUCAUGUACAAGCUGGCCUUGGUGCCCAACAGCCAAAGCAGGAAACACAGCACCAGGGGCCGUCCACCGAAUGACGAAAUUGACAGCAGUGAAUCCCAACGGGCACUGCUGGACUCAGGAGCUGAUGAAGAUGAGGAUGAGGAAGAGCAGGAUAAUGAGGCCGAUCAGUGGAACGAUGCAGACUUUGAGGUCAUUGAAAUGGACGAUACAUCAAAUUUUAUGAAUUCACCAAGCAAGAUGUCCUCUCCCCCUGAUGUUAUGGCUCUAACAGACAGCCCCACUGCCCAAACCACACAGGCGUCAGAGCCUGCAGACGCCACUUUCUCAGAGAGCAUCUCUUUGGUAGGAGACUCACCGAGACGCCAACUGCUGCUCUCUUUGGACCGAGAGAAGAGAGACUGAGAAUGUCGGCUCAGUGACAUGCCUCAACUGUCCAUUUGCUGACCUGGAAACUCCAACAUGGUUACUGUUUGUACUCUAGUGAAGGAAGCACUGACUAAGCAGUGCAGCUUAUAAAUCA